CUCUCGGGUAGUCUAUUGAUUGCUCUUGCCUGGCUUCAUAUCGAUAUAUCGUGGAGACGUUAUCAAGAAGCAGGCGUUUUAAAUAUUGGUUGCAUUGAAAGUAUUUACUGCAUCAAGCUAAUAUACGAAAGUAUCUGUACAUGUACAUAUUGUAACCGUUUUUGUACUUGUCAAAUAACAAUCUGAAUUUUGGUGUGAGGUUAAUAGCCUUUCUAAUGUUGUGUUUACCUUCAGCCCUCCUCCACCAACAACUCAGAUUUGAAAGAACUGUGGUAGCUAGCUAGUCAACUAAGUGACUGCAUUUUUGGCUCGCAAUGAAUGUAAUGUGGGAUGAUAAUCUUGUUAUUCGGGUCUAAACCCAAAGUUAUUGAACUGUAUGAUUUUCCUUUUGUACGGGAUGCAUUCCUCAACAUAAAACGUCUCUGGCGUUAAAGGAGGUGUUAGAGGACAGUAGUGACAGUGUCAGUGUUGUUUACGUUGCUAGCAAAGUGUAAGCUAGGUCUAGUGUUCUUGAAAAUGCGUGCGUGACAUGGGCAUAUAACGGUGACCUAUUUUCAGACUGGUUCUGACUUGAAUAUUCUGCGAGUUUGCUUGGUGUGUUUCCCUUGAAACCUCAGUGAAACAACUUCUGGGGGUCGCUACAAUCUGAAUUGUGUUUACACAAUUUGUGUUUACACCGUAUUAACAUAGCGGUUUAUUUGCACCUGUGGAUGACACUUGUGCUGAUCAAAACUGGCGAAUGUAAUGUCGAUGACCUCCAUGCUACGUUGCGCUAUAAGGGUGGAUAAUAAAUAUGCUGCAACACAUAUUAUCCAGAAGCGAGGUCUCUCUGGGGCAGAGGCUAUUAAUGCUCUGCGGCCCUUCUACUUUGCAGUGCACCCAGACUUCUUUGGCCAGCAUCCCAAGGAGAGGGAGGUAAAUGAAAACUCAUUGAAGAGACUAAAUGGAUACUUAGAAAAUCUCACAAAGCCAGGAGCACGGUCUGUCAAACCAACAAAACUAACUUUUUAUGUUCGCGACACCAGGGCGAAAGCGGACAUAGAGCAAGAGCUCCUUCCCUCAGGGUUUCGUUCUGUGAGCUUCACUCUGCAGACUAAGGAUGUUUUAAGCACUGUGUUGAACGUGCUGCAGUCCUGCAGCCUGUCCGUGGAGCACAUGCAGGGCCUCAAAGCCAGUGGUCAGCACAGUCCCAGUGCUGUGCCCAGCGGAGCCACACCCUUCUACAGGCCCAUCAAAUGGGACAAAAGCUACUACACCUUCACUGGUUUCAGAGACCCAGAGGAGGAACUGCAGCAUGCCAAGAAAGUAGAGCCCAGUCUAAGUUUGUGGCUGAGGAACAACGAGGCUGAAGCUAGUCGCAAGCAGAAGGCCAGUCAGCCACGCAGAGAUGAGCUGCACAGGCUCAAGACAGAGCUCUGUCAAAACCUGGGCCUCACAGACAUCAGGUGGCAGCGGAGCUGGGGUAUGGCCCACCGCUGCUGUCAGCUCCAGAGCCUGAGCCGCCUCGCCCUGCAGAGCCCUGAGGCCUUGCGCCAGCUCAGGGGGCACACAAUACUGUACAGCGACCAGUCAGGGAUGAAUGCCUCAGGGUACGUCAUGCUGGGAACCAUGGAUGUCCACCACCACUGGACCAAACUCUUUGAGCGGCUGCCGAGUUAUCGCAGCCUGUUCCAGCAGACGGAGUGGCUGAAGGAGCGCAUCAGCCUGCUGCUGGGGGGUGUGCAGGUGAUCCACGUGGAGCAUCUGGGCCCGGUGCUGCCCCUGGAGGACCACUACAGCACCCUCAGCCACUUCCACAAGAGGCUGCUGCCCCAGAGGCUGGCUCUGCACCCGCGCAGUCUGCAGGGGCUCACCAUGACUCUGGAGAGUGGACGCUCCAGCAUUGGCCUGCAUGAGAUGGGUCACUUCAUGAUCCCAGCAAUCUGUGACCCAGUCCAGCUACGUAACUUCUUCCAGGCGCAGGCCAAUGAGGCUCGACAGCGCCACAGACGCCGGGACCAGCUGGAGGCUGAAGAGGAGGACGUGGUGGACACCUGUGUGAAGGACCUGUCUCUGGCGGGCCUCUCUAAAGAGCCCAGUGUGUCGUCCAGGCAGAUGAUCCCCUGUUGCCGGCGGCUGCUGGAGGACCGCUCCCCUCUCAUGCAGGGCCUGCAACUGCGCAUCUCCCACUUCUACUCCGUCAUGCAGGACGGGGACCUCUGCAUACCCUGGGACUGGAAGGGCUGAACACUAUGCUCAAGGGACACAUACUAGAACAUUUCACACACACACAGAGACACUCAUACACACUUGCACACACACACUUCAAAUGGAAGCACUUUAUACUGUCAUAUCUCCAGCCAUAUGAGACAUGGCUGGAGAUAUGCACAUCUACACCAGCUGGGUUCAGUUUUACAGUUAAAAUAUCUACAGAGAAAGUUAGCGCUUACAUACAGAUAUUCACAUUUUUUUAGCAUCAAAUUGAAUUUGUUGAGUGAAUUGUAUGUGUGCGCGCUCAACUUUUUAAUGAUAUGUUGGCGUCUGUAGGUCAAUCCCCAAUGGGGAGAUUAGUUUUUGUUUUGAAAGCCUUCAGUAAAACACAGAUUGAAGGCUAGUAUAUGCUGCAGUGCUAUAAGUGACUGAUGUAUAUACUGUACACAUUAUGGGAACUGUAGAAUGAUGCUGUAAAAGAUUAUUGUGAGUGUACAAUCUGUAAAAAAUAAUAAUGUGCUGUGACAACAAUAAUUUGUGCAAAGCUGCUGCAAGUGAAACUAGGUCAAUGUUGUGUCUUAACUAGCAGCUCUUAGCUCUGUGGGAGAGAUGGGUGUUUCCUGCCGUGACCAUGUUAAAUUUAUUUUAGCGAUGUCCUCCCACGUUUCACCUUUUAUAAAUGACUUUAGUUGAAUUUAA